CUUAAACAUAACAAAGAAUUCUAGGUUCAGGCGUUCAGGUUUCGAUUUUGGUUAUGAAAAAUAGCUGUUGACAUUUUCUUUUUCAAAUACUAUAUCUCAGAAAAUACAAUAAUUUCACUCAGCUUAUUCUUCAGUGUAUUGAUAGGUAACAUGAAAACAAACUGGCUUCUAGAAUUUCAUUUUGUGCGUGGGGACUUUAUAUUGUGUAAGAAAAUUAUAGAAGAUUUGUCAAAAAAGAAUGGAAAUCGUCCGACCGAGUUCUCUACAUAUAUCCUAGCACGAAUGUACUAUGCGGAGGGAAAAAUCCAAGAGGCGAUUCAACUGUUUCAAACGUGUUAUGCUCAAAAUCCGAAUAAUUCCGGAACGCUACAAGAAAUCGCAAAAUGUUUAAUUGCGCAAGGUCGCUACAAAAAAGCGAUUGAAGCACUCACGCAUGCGAAACUUUUGGCGAAACAACCCGAUUUUUUAAUUCUGUAUGACUUAGCUUGCUGCAAUGCCAACCUCAAGCAAUAUGAUUUGGCUGAAGAAAGUUGCAGAGAAGCCUUAAGAAUUUGUAAAAGCAAAGCCGUCUAUAAACUGCUUGCCGCUUGCCUUAUUCAUCAAAACAAAAUUGGAGACGCUAUUGAAGUUUUUCGCUUAUCAUUGAGACUAUUUCCCAAGAGCAGUCAACUUUAUACCACUUUUGGUAAACUGUGUGCGGAUAUGAAUUUCGACGAUGACGCAUUAAAAACUCUGAAAGCGGCAAUUAAAUUAAAUGACAACAACGUUGUCGCAUUAAACGAACUGGCGGUAUUACAUCAGAAGCAAGAUGAGAUCGAGGAGGCCAUCAGUUUCUAUCGAAAUAUUCUUAAUCGUGAUAUGGAGUCAGCAAGUAUCUACAAUAAUUUGGGAAUGUGCUAUUUCUACAAAGAUAAAUUUGUCCUGGCACUCACGUGUUUGCUAAAAGCACGCGAUGUCGAUCCAACGUCAAGUGAAACAUUGUUCAACUUGGGACUGGUUUUUGCAUCCCUACACCAAUACUGCUCAGCCGCUAUUCAUUGGGAAGCAGCUGCAGUAUUUUCAACAAAAACAAACAAUUCGGUAGAUCAAGAGAUAUCGAAUCUAAUAUCAGCAUGCUUAAGUGUAAUUAAUGAAGAUGGAACCACCACUUAAUUGAAUGAAUACAAAUUUUAUUCCCA